AUAGGUAAGGAAAAGACUCACGUUAACGUCGUCGUCAUCGGUCACGUCGAUUCUGGAAAGUCCACCACCACUGGACACUUGAUUUACAAGUGCGGUGGUAUCGACAAGCGUACCAUCGAGAAGUUCGAGAAGGAAGCCGCUGAACUCGGUAAGGGUUCCUUCAAGUACGCUUGGGUUCUUGACAAGCUCAAGGCUGAGCGUGAGCGUGGUAUCACCAUUGAUAUCGCUCUCUGGAAGUUCGAAACUCCCAAGUACCAUGUUACCGUCAUUGAUGCCCCCGGACAUCGUGAUUUCAUCAAGAACAUGAUUCACCCUCGGUGUCCGCCAACUUAUUGUUGCCAUCAACAAGAUGGACACCACCAAGUGGUCUGGCGACCGUUAUGACGAAAUCGUCAAGGAAGUUUCUUCCUUCAUCAAGAAGAUCGGUUUCAACCCCAAGUCCGUUCCCUUCGUCCCCAUCUCCGGAUGGCACGGAGAUAACAUGUUGGAGGAGUCCACCAACAUGCCCUGGUUCAAGGGCUGGACCAAGGAAACCAAGGCUGGUUCCAAGUCUGGCAAGACCCUUCUUGAGGCUAUUGAUGCCAUCG